AUGUUGGCCGUAUUUAGUGGCGACCGGAGCCCGACCCCGAAGGCGAGCUCGUCGAAGCUUGUUGACGCCUUCGCUCAACGCUUUCCGUCGUUGGUGAGCACCAACGUCGGAUCUCUGGCGACGAUUUUGUACUCCCAUGAUGCACAAAACUCCUCGCGACAGAGGUCAUUUGCGGUGAAGGAUGACAUAUUUUGCGUGUUUGAGGGGACUCUAGAGAACCUUGGUAGCAUGAAACAAUACUAUGGGCUCGCAAAAAAUGCAAAUGAGGUUGUUCUUAUGAUUGAAGCCUACAAAGCUCUGAGAGAUCGAGCUCCUUAUCCUACUAACCGCAUGCUCGGCCACCUUGAUGGAAGUUUUGCGUUCGUCGUCUUCGACAAGGCCACCUCCAGGGUUUUGGUUGCCUCUGAUCAAGAUGGCAAGGUUCCCUUGUACAUGGGGAUCACGGCUGAUGGAUGUCUUGCUUUCUGUGAUGAUGCUGAGAUACUUAGAUCUGCGUGUGGAAAAUCUCUUGCAACUUUUCCACCCGGGUGCUUCUUCUCAACUUCCAGUGGGCUCACAAGCUACGAACAUCCGAAGAACAAGGUCACAGCAAUACCAGCAACGGAGGAAGAGAUGUGGGGUGCAACCUUCAAGAUUGAGAGACCUCAUGUGAAAGCUACUGAUGUUGACUUAGGAAGAGACUGCAUCCGCAUAAUGGGUACCAUCUAA